UCGGGAUUAUUUACCGCUACAUCCAGCAGACUGAAGCUCCACAGUUACUCUGCCCCGGGAAUGCCUGCAGCCAUGCAGCAAUCAAAGCAGAGCGUCAUCCUCUACCACCUGCACCCAUGGGAGCACAAGAACGGAGAGGGAAAGAGAGUGGAAGGGGAGGGGAGGGAGGGGAAGAGGAUGGUUGA